AUGCCCAUGAUAGAAAGAAUGGACAGUGAAUGGACGCGCCGGCCACGAUCUAACUGGGAUCUCACUUGCCGAUUCGAACGGUUCGUUCAAGAAGAGACCGAGGUUUGGCGUCAGCUUGGGGUUGAGCGAUCAAACCCGGGAGAAUUCCUUCUCACCCCAAGUAAAUCGAUAAAUGGCCCCCUGGCGCAUCACCUUCUGAAUCCGACGUUCUUUGUCGCUGACCCACGCUCUCACGACACCGACGAUCUAAGCAAUCCAACCAUGAGCCUGCUCCAUGAUAAUGGGUUUUCUUCUGGGCAAGAAUGUUUCUUUUUUGAUCAGUUUUGUCGCCGAAUUCAGACACAGGAUUGCCUUUACUUCUGGACCGAGGAAAUUCAAAAGCCUCACGAUGACUUUGUUCGCGAUACUCGCCGCAAUAUGUAUGCCAUUGUUGAGAUCUUAUGGGGCGAGCAUGCGUGGAUGAAGACGAAGCAACAAUGUGAUCUUAUCCGGGUCCAGGAUACAGCCUUAGCGUUUGCUGCCAGCCUCGUUGGCAUUCAAAUCGAGCGAAACUUCUACGAAAGCCACCCCCGAGGGAAGUAUCCUCGUUUGGGGUCAAAACAAAAGCAGAUCUGCGAAGCAUUGGAGAGCUUGUCUUUGGUGGAGGCAGCCAACGAAGAAAUCGUCAAGUCCGAGACAAGGGUCGAGCUCGAGAAUGGGCAGACGAUACGAGAAGAGGUUCAAAGGGACCCAGAGGGAAAGACAGUGACAAACGCCCAUGAAAAUACAGAGCUUUGGCGAAGCCGCCAAAUCCAGAUUUCGGACCUCAUAAAGUCUUGGUUUGAUGUUUGCCGCGCUUCGAAGGACAAUUCACUUCCCGCCGAGUCAUACCCGGAUGGCUCGCUUCUCGAUGACUCUUCUUGGUUUCUCCUGCCCCCUAAAUUGGUUGAAUGGCUCCAGAGCCAGGACGGUCUCAAAAUCAAAGGGAAAGAAAUCGAAAGUCGUGAAGAUCUUGAAAGGGCAUUUGGGCUUCUUCGCUGUGAUCCAAAAAAGCUUCAGAAUGGGUGCGUUGACACUUCACCAAUCAAGGAAAUUGCCAUAGAAGUGGGCUAUAAGUACACCGAAUACGCGCGCCUCAGCAGAAGGAAGCCUAUCAUCCUGGAGUGGACGAUACCUCUUCCAAAAGAUGUGGUCUGCCAGGGUGCGAAGGAAGCGUGGUUCUAG